UCACCCGUUAGCCCCCAGUUUAGUCGGGGUGUGUGUGUGUGUGUGUCAUACUAUUUGGGGGUCCUCAUUCCUGGAGGACUGCUUGGUUCAGCAGCUUUUCUCCUUGCAUUGAGACAGUUUGGUAUGACUCCCACUGGACAACACACAGAUGCAUGAUAUUGGCUCUGACGUCUAAGGGCACAGCAGAUAGAAGAUCAUGGAAGAACUCACUCUGCUACUCUGGCUCCUGAUAGUUCCUCUUCAAUCAUUUGUACUUCAGCCCAAAGUGGAAAUGAUCCCCAUAGAAGACUCGGUCAGAGAAACAGAUCCCUGGUCAGACUGGAGACCUGAGAGACUAAGGGAGACCCCAACAGCAGAUGAAGAGGAGGGUGAAGAACUCACUGCAACCCACCCUGAAGAGAGGAGGGAGGAAGAGGGGAGGAGCGAGGAAGGACUAACUCUAGAGACUGACUCUGAGAAGUGGAGAAUAGAGGAGGAGAAGGGGGCAGCAGAGCAGGAAGGCCAUGAGGAAGAGCGAGGGAUGGAGGAAGAGAGAACGCUGGUUGGAGGGCUUGAUUACAGAGAGCAGAAGAGAUUUAAAAAUUGGGAGAUAGAAGCUGAUGAGGAACAUGAARAGGAGGAGRAGAGAAGAGAUAAUGGAGAGGGGAGACAUGAAGAAGGGAUUAGAUCAGAUGAUGAGGAGAGAGAUGGUAAGGAACAGAGAUCAUAUGGAGGAGAGGAGAAACUAGAGGAAAACCUGAGAGUUGGGGAAGUUAAAGAACCCAGUGUAGAUCAAAGCGAGGGAGACUACUUAGUAGUUACACACAUAGACCUCCCCCCUCCAACCAGCACUUCCUCCUCUCCUGUAGAAAAAGUAAUGGACACUCAACCUGUCAAUCAAGCUAUCAACGAACCCAUGUCCCCUCCCCCUGCAGCUAUGCCUGUUCCACUUUAUGAUGUCACUCCUCCACCUGCCACUCAACAUGGCCCUCCCCCAGUUUCACCCUCUACCUCCUCUGAAGUUCAAGAGUCUGCCACUCAUGCUCUCGAUCAACCUGCCAGUCAUAUCCAAGACCCGGCUCCAGAGGCAGAGGAGACCAUCUCAUUGGUGGACAGUGAGCUCAUUAUGGUUCAGAGUGUGACUGACAGCUCCCAGACCAAUCUCAGGGAGGGGGAGAGUUUUGUUUCGCAGGCGAUGGAGGUCAAAGUUGGCCCAAUUAUCAAGGUUUCAAUCAACGACAAUCAGACUGAGAGGAACAGCAUUGUCUUUCUCAAAGAGACAGAAAAUACAGUCAAGCAGCUAAAGUCUACAACCAAACCAAAACAGGAAAAACCCACAGCCAAGGAACUGCAACCUACAGCCAAACCAAAAGAAAUGACAAAACCCACAGCCAAGGAACUGCAACCUACAGCCAAACCAAAAGAGAUGACAAAACCCACAGCCAAGGAACUGCAACCUACAGCCAAACCAAAAAGAGAUGACAAAACAACAGCCAAGGCUGCAACCUACACAGCAAACCAAAAGAGAUGA